AUGGCUAAAAUAGUCGUUGCGCUCGGCGGUAACGCGCUUGGUAACACGCCCAGCGAACAGCGCCAAAAAGUUGCUCUGACAGCUAAGGUGAUUAGCGAUUUAACUCUUCAAGGUCACUCGGUCUUAGUUUGUCACGGCAACGGCCCCCAAGUUGGCAUGAUUAACAACGCCUUUCAAACCGCUUACUUAAAAAAGGAAAUUCCCGAACCAAUGCCGUUUGCCGAGUGCGGAGCGAUGAGUCAAGGCUACAUCGGUUACCACAUUCAAAACGCGCUUCAAACCGAGUUCGCCCGAGCUAAAAUUAAUCGGCCGGUCGUCAGUCUGAUUACCCAAACUUUGGUUGACCCAGCUGAUCCAGCUUUUCAAAGUCCGAGCAAACCGAUCGGAACUUUUAUGAGUCAGACUGAGGCUCAAAAAUUGGCUCAAAGUAGCGGCUGGGAUGUCAAAGAAGACGCGGGUCGCGGUUGAAGAAGAGUCGUCGCUUCACCCGUGCCACAGACGAUCGUGGAAAAAGAGAGCGUGAAAGUUUUGAUGAGCCAAAAAGCGGUUGUGAUCGCUGGUGGUGGCGGCGGCAUUCCGGUCGCACUCGAAAAAGGUCGCUUAGUUGGUAAAGCGGCCGUGAUUGACAAAGAUUUAACGGCGGCUUUGUUGGCCGAGCUGAUCAAAGCCGAUCAACUGGUUAUUUUAACGGCCGUGCCGGCGGUCAAAAUUAACUACCAGCAAAAAGAUGAAAAAGAUCUCAAGACCGUUUCUCUCAAAGAACUGCGCACUUACGUUGACCAAAACCAGUUUGCCGCUGGUUCAAUGCUGCCCAAGAUCACAGCCGCGAUUAAAUUCGUGGAAAAAACCGGUCGGCCGGCUUACAUCGGCAACCUAACCGAUGCGGCUCAGAUUAUCGCUGGCCACGGUGGAACUAAAAUCGUGGCCGAUUAG